AUGGCGCCCCCGUUAGAGAUAUCCAUCCCCACGACUUCCCUCCACACUCCCGACGACAAUUCCAAGCCUUACACCCUCUACAACAUCACCCUCCGCCUGCCUCUGCGCUCCUUCGUCGUACAGAAGCGAUACUCCGACUUCGCCACCCUUCACCAAACCCUCACAUCCCUCGUCGGCGCCCCUCCGCCGGCCCCCUUACCCGCCAAACAAUGGUUCCGCUCGACCGUUUCAUCCCCCGAUCUCACCGAGCAGCGCCGCGCCGGCCUCGAACGCUACAUGCGCGCCAUCGCGGAACCUCCCGACCGUCGCUGGCGAGACACGCCCGCCUGGCGCGGGUUCCUGAACCUACCGUCUUCCGCAGUGGGCGGGAGCGCCCGGUCAGCAUCGGGCGUCAACGUCGAGGCCCGCGUUCCCGCCAUCGGCCUCCGCGAUGCGACGCUGGCUGCUGCAAGCGACCCCGCUACGUGGGUGGAUUUGAAUAAGGAGAUGAAGGCGGAACUGAGCGCGGCGCGCGCGGCGCUGGCGCGGAGAGAACAUACCGUGGGGGAGAAAGAGGGUAGGGAGGCGGAAUCGCAAGCGAGGCGCGCGUUGAUCAAGGCUGGGAGCUUGCUUAAGCCGUUGGAGGAAGGGCUGAAGGUUAUGAAGGCCAGCGGGCGGUUGGGUGGUGGGGAGUUCACGCGGCGCAGGGAUGCAGUGGAGGCGGCCAAGUAUGAGAAGGGGUUGCUCGAUCAACUAGCCUCAGCGUUGGUCACGCGUGGGGCUGCGAGCGCUGCGGUUGCGGCCUCUGGUGCAUCGGCGGACAGCGAUAGGGCUAAGCUCCUGGGCACCGCCCGUCGGCCCGUCGGCCGCACCAUCGGCGCGCCUCUCCCCGAAACCGAGGAAACCCGCGAGCUGGACAACGAGGGCGUUCUAGAACGGCAGAAGCUGGUAGUCCAGGAACAAGACGAGCGAGUCAACCUGCUCCGCAGCGCCGUAUCCAAGCUCAACCAGCUCGGCACAGCCAUCGACGACGAAGUCACCUACCAGAACGGCCUGCUCGACCAGGCCAACGACGCCGCAGAUAACCUACAGCGCAAGCUCGGCGUCGCCAACCGCCGGGCUAAGAACCUGUGA